CCUCACUCCUACUUACGUGCCAUCUCCCUCACACCAUCUCCCCCUCCCCCCGUAUUUUUAAAACCCUCGCCUCUUCACCCUCUUCCUCUUUGUUGACUGACUCACUGACUUGUGAGCGUGGCGGCGUUGCUGCGGUGGUGAUGCGUCGCGGUUUGAGCAUACAGACGAGGACGAGAGUGUGAGCCUGUGUAUCUUUUGUUUUAUUUGUUUUUUCGGUUUAUUUUGCUCUAGAGCGGUUUUUAACUACAGGCUUUGAGGGGAAGCGACGUGCGUGCGUGCUGUCAAUCGGGAGUGUCUGUGAGGGAGUAGAGAAGGAGAGAACAGCAGAAGGGAGGUGAGAAUGGGAGACCAGGUGGAGAUGGGAGACGCCGUGUCAGCCGCCCCUGUGGAUGAGUUGAUGCACGGAGCCGCCGCUGCGGGUGGUGGUUCGAAUGAUGCGUUUGCUGCGGUCGAGGGCAAUGGCAAUGGCAAUGGCCAUGUCUCGGAAGCGAUGGAGGGACAGGUGCAGGAGCAGGCCGCGGAGGAGCAGCCGCCUGUGGUGGAUCUCGAAGCACUUACUCCUGAGGAAGAGCGUUUGUGGAACGUUGUCAAAGAGGAUGCCGCGGACUUCAAUUCAUGGACUUCGCUGAUUCAAGAAGCGGAGAAGUUGGAGGUUCUCUCUAAAGUCGAAAAAACGUACGAUGCAUUUUUAGCAGAGUUUCCUCUUUGCUACGGUUAUUGGAAGAAAUAUGCUGAUCAUGAGUUGAAGUUGGGCUCUUCGGAGAAAGUUGUGGACGUCUACGAGCGAGCUGUGAAGGCAGUGACCUAUUCCGUGGACAUGUGGAUGAACUACUGCACGUAUGCAAUGGAGAAAUUUGAAGACCCGGAAGCCAUUCGUGGGUUGUUCGAGCGAGGAAUAUCGUUUGUGGGUACAGACUAUCUUUCGCACCUUCUCUGGGAUAAAUACUUGGAGUUUGAGCACAUGCGCUCUGAAUGGAGUCGCGUCGCACAAAUCUAUACCCGAAUCUUGCAAGUUCCUCUUCAGCAACUAGAUCGAUACCAUGCAAGUUUUAGGCACUUCGCGUAUAGCCAUCCUUUGACCGAAUUGAUGACGGAUGAGGAGUCCGAGGCAUCUAAGGCAGCUGCAGCACCGAAAGAUUCUCCUCCGGGUGAUCAGGAGAUCACCACCGUACCUGAGACUGAUGGUGUCACUGAGCCUGCUAAACCAGCGGAGGUAACACUAGAACCUUCAGGAACAGAGGAUCUCGAGAAAUACGUUGCGGUGCGAGAAGAAUUUUACAAGACUUCGAAAGAGUGGGAUGCCAAGAUAAGAGACUUUGAAAUUGCGAUCCGCAGGCCUUACUUUCACGUCAGACCACUGGACGAUGCACAGCUUGGGAAUUGGCACAAAUAUCUAGAUUUUAUCGAGAAGGAAGGGGGAAUUGAGAAGACUAUCAAGUUGUAUGAACGUUGCUUAAUUGCGUGUGCAAACUACUCAGAGUACUGGGUUCGCUAUGUCCAUCGUAUGGAUGAGGAAGGGAAAAUAGAGAGUGCUCUUGAUGCUCUUCACCGUGCUUCUUCGACUUUUGUGAAGCGACGCCCAGAAAUCCACCUUUUCGCAGCAAGAUACCAAGAACAACUUGCUGAUAUAAAGGGUGCACGUGCCUCAUACGAGGUUCUGAGCAACAGUCUUGCACCGGGUCUUCUGGAGGCCAUUGUGAAGCAUGCCAAUUUCGAGAAACGUCAGGGUAAUGGAGAUACUGCUUGCUCUCUUUUCGAGUCUGCUCUAGAGCUGGGGAAAAUUAAAGAGGAUUCUCGGGCUCGUGCAGUUUUGUAUAUUCAGUACGCUCGGUUUCUUGACCAGGUGUUAAAAAGUCCAGAGAAAGCCCGAAAAGUGUACAGUACAGCUUUGGAUAGUCUUCCAUCUUCCAAGACUUUGUUGGAGGCUGUGACCAAUUUUGAGGCUUCUCAUCAUCCUGGAAUAUCUGAAGUUGAGUACGUCAAUUCUUUGGUGGACAAAGCAAUUGCCCCUUCUAAAAUAGAAGGAUCUUCUGUUCUGUCGGCAGCCGACAGAGAAGAACUGUCAAUCAUUCGCCUUGAGUUUGUUGAUAGUUUCGGCUCUGUUGAAGAUGUCAAGAAAUCGGAGGCACGGCAUGUGGAAUAUUUUCCUCCUCCUAAAAGUACCGUAGAAUCCAAGAAGCGACCUUCUUUAGAUAAUUCUGUGCCCGAUCGUGCGAAGGUUCACAAGCCUUACGUUGGAGCAACAGCUACAGCACCAGUUACAGGACCCCCGGCUUACAGCGGGCAAACUCAGUGGAAUACAUUCGCACCCCAAGCUGGGUAUGCCCAGCAAUCCCAGGGGUGGCAACAACCUCCUAUUCAGCAACCCACCCCACCUGUACAGUCACAGCAGUGGAAUCAAGGCUAUGCUGCUCACCAGCAGGGUGGAUAUGCGGGAUAUGGAGGCUACACUUCAUAUGGACCUCCUCAGCAGCAAGCACCUGUGCCUCAACAACCCCCAUAUGGUGGUUACGGGCAAGGAUAUCCCCAGCAGGAGGUGAACGGUUGGAGCUCAGGAGGAUGGUGAGCGUGAUUAUAGCGUCAUUACAGGCAUUUCGCACACGGAUUCAAUUCAACAUCAUCCUCAACCCCAAGCUUAAGACCCAGCAUGAAGAGGCCUUUGACUUUUCCAACGGCUCCUCGACCACUGCCAACGGCUUCAGGCUACAUGGGCAAUUGUUACUGCCCAUCGCCAGAGCGAAGUUCUUUUCUAUAAUGGAAUGCCUUGGUGUUUUUUUGCUUAAAGGCUGGCAUUCAUUUGCUGUAUGAGGAAAAACCUCAUGUUUCGGGCCUUCAGUUGGAGAAAGCUAGUAGAUUGGACAGGGAACUGUAGUUACCACAGUUUUUUGAACGAACAAGCUAUGUCUUGGGUUUGUUUUCAUUGCAUGAUUCGUUCAGGAUAUUUACCACUUUGCUGGAAAUGAACUAUUUUAGAUGAUAAUUUCAUUGUCUGGAUUUUGUUUAAUGAGUGGUGAUGUAAGUAAAAUACAUUGUCAUCCAACUACA